AUGAAAUACAACCUUCGAGUCCUAGGUAACUUCCAUCCCCAGUCGACGAUAAUGAAACUACCAGACACUUCUCGGCAGGCGGUUUUGCUCUGGAGUGGCCCCACGGUCCUGGGCUUCCGGAAACCCUAUCUCAUACUCGACGGCCCCCCCGUCGCCGCGGAAGACCUGCCGCCUUGGGUCUUCUUCGUCGACCACUACUCCGCCGGCACUGCCAUCCAAAUACCAAAGGCCGAUGGUGUUCUGGCAUUACCGAGCUCGUUCCGUUCGGUAAUCCAUCCCGGCGAUCGCGGCACCCCGCUACCGUUCUGGCUCUUGGACUUGUGGCGACGCUUGCGCAACAUCCAUACCCUUCGGUCCAACGUUGCGCGUGGAUUGGAGUGGCUCCACGAAUAUGGACGACAAGAAGAGGCCGAGGCAGCCGUUUUCGAAGUAGAAACUGCCCCAUUGCUCGACUUGCCGGCGCUGCUACAUCCAUGGUGCGACCUCUUCUCCCACUUGACCACCGACGACCGCGACCUCAACGACGAGUUGAUGGACGCGGUCAUAGCCGUCGUUAACAACAAUACCGACAAAAUUCCCCGCCCUUUCCAUCUCUACUCCGCCAUCAUGACUCAACUGGCACCGGUUGACUUGGUCGACCGCUUCAGCAAACUAGCAGAUCGAGGUGACUUCGCCACGGACAGCAUCAUCUGCCUCCCGUGGUAUAUUGGCGGCGGAUGGGUAUUCGUACUCAUCGACAUGGCAAGUGAUACCAUUAAGAUCGGUUAUUGCCUCCCCCUACACGACCAAAAUGGCUUACUGGACAUCGCCAAGCGAACAGCGAUCCGGAUCGCUCACACGGUAGAAGUGUCGGUGCGCCAGACUCGCACCAACUGGAUACUACGUGAACAUCCGCAGGAGCGGCAGGAUCAACACGUUCCUAUCUUCUCUGGGCUUGCCAUCGCUGUAGGCCUUCUGAGGAACGUUUUCGAUGAGGUGACAGGUCUCCCGGGUGAAACAGAUCAAAGGCAUCGUCUUGAAAUCUUUUUUGCCAUCAUCGAAUACCAUCCCCAAAAUCCGGCCAUCUUGGAGGACCACAAGCUGAGUUUGUGGGAGCUGCAGGACACAGUACGAAGUGGGUCGGUACCGGCUACUUCCGACGAAGAAGAUCUCCGCUCGGCAUCACCGGUAUCGCACUCGGUAGGCUCCGCCGGCCCAGGAUCCCCCUCCCCACCGCCAAUCUUCUCCGGUACACUGGCGACCGAUAUGGCGCCUCCUCCGUCACUCCCAGUCUUUAGGCGUGCUCUAGUACCGGCCACUUCCGACCAGACCGAUCGUCACUCGGUUUCACCGGUACUCCCCCCAAUCCGCCCUGCCAUCUCCACUGGCCCCUCUCCACCGGCAGUCUUCUCCCGGACACUGGUGCCUCCCUUGACAGUCCUUUCCACAUCGCCGCCGGUGUUCACGCGGGCACUCGAACCACCGUUGUCUUCCUCGACCGGCACGCGGCUUUCUGACCUGUAUGGCGGGUUAGUAGACCCCUUUACGCCCCCAAAGGAGGUCACAUGCAUGAUACCUGGUACCACCGGAAUCCGCCUCGGUCGCUGCGCCAGUAUUCUCCAGGACACUGGCGCGUCCCUCAACAACUCUUUCCACAUCGCCGCCGGUGUUCACGCGGACACUCAAACCAGUGUCGUCUUCCUCGACCGCCCCAUCAAAGUCAUUCACCCCCCCCGGAGGGCAGAGCCUGAUGGGUGGUGUCUCGUCGUCCUCCCCCCUGUCCACAGUUACGCGACCGCUGGCGCGCUCCUCCAGGCCCGACUCUCCACUGUCGGAAUUCACUCGGAAGCUCACCAUGCCCGUGACUGCCGAACCGUCUCCACCGGCAUUCAGCCGAAGGCUUGCCAUUCCGUCGACACCUUCCUCCUCGCAGCCGGCCCACCACCGGCUUUCACAAGAGGGCUCGCCAUCGAGUCCAAACCGACGUCGUCACAGCCGGUAUUCAUGCGAACGCUCGCACCUGCCGACGCUUCGCCACCGGCAUUCAUCCGGCAACUGGCCCGCCCUCCAACACCGACCUCCGCACCACCAGUGUUCACUCGCACACUGUCCAGUGCUGUGGAACCUAUGCCACCGGUGUUCCUGGCGAAUCCUAUCAUGGGUCCCACCGAUGAGAGGAUGAAUAUCGACGAGCCUGGGGAUUCAGUUGCUCCUCCCGCCUUCAAACGCUUGUUGAAGCACGUUUCCGAGCGUGAACACAGCGGGGACUCAUGA